AUGGACCAAGACAAGUCGUCAAUGAUGGAAAAGACCGGAUCAAGCGCUAUUUCCAGUCACGACAUCGAUGAUCUGGGGACAAUUAGCGAUGUCCAGCCCCUUUCACGCAAGUUCAGCCCAUUAAGCAUGCUCGCACUUUCAUUCAGCGUCCUCGGAACCUGGGCAACCUUCGCAGUUGAUCUCUCUAAUGGGUUAACAAAUGGAGGGCCAAUCACUAUACUCUACGGGCUCCUUCUUGUGACAUUCUGCAACCUUUGCGUGGCUCUUUCUUUGGGUGAGUUGUGCAGCAUGAUGCCAACCGCGUUAGGGCAAGCCUACUGGGUGUCUCGUCUUUGGAAAUCCUCACUUGGCCGUUUUGUGUCGUAUUCCUGCGCCUGGAUCAAUGUGUUUGGGUGGUGGACCCUUGCGGCGUCGCAAAAUGCAUUUAUGACCGAGAUUAUACUCGGACUGAAGAUGAUGUCUGAUGAAAAUUGGACUGGGACAAACAUUGGAUGGUUGAAGUUCGUCAUUUACUUUUCCAUCACUCUGGUAAUGACAUUCUCGAAUGUUAUAGCUUGUCGUAAAGAUUGGAUCUUACGUUGGUUCAACAAUCUUGUCGGUCUUUGGUUCGGAGGCGAGUUUAUCCUUUUCUCUCUGGCCCUACUUAUUGCAGUCGGCGUCAAAAGCAACCUGUCAUUCCAACCACCUUCAUUUGUCUUCGGGAAAUGGAUCAAUGACACCGAAUGGAGAGAUGGUGUCACCUGGUUUAUAGGCCUCGUGCAGUCCGCUUAUGGCCUGACAGCUUUCGAUGCUGUGAUUCACAUGAUCGAAGAACUCCCGUCGCCGCAGAAGAAUGGCCCGCGUGUUCUUUGGCUUUCUAUCGUCUCGGGUGCAGUUUCAGGAGGUAUAUUCAUGAUUGUUUGUCUUUUCUCUAUCCAGAGCUUGGAGGACGUGCUAGAUCCCACCUCGGGACUUCCUUUCGUGGAGCUCGUGAGGCAGACUGUCGGACCACAAGGAACCAUCGCACUUUUCAGCAUCUUUGUAUGCAACAUGCUGGGUCAAGGGAUUAGUAUUACCACAACUGCGUCUCGACUUACCUGGGGUUUUGCACGCGAUGGCGGCAUCCCAUUCAGUAACUACCUAAUGCAUGUUGAUGCCUAUUGGAAAGUUCCAGCUCGGGCUCUGUGGGCUCAAGGUGCUAUCAUUUCUUUGGUGGGCGUGUUGUACUUCUUCACAGAUGCGGCUGUGGAAGCAGUGGUCAGCGUCUCCACAGUCGCUUUGACUAUAUCCUACGCGCUGCCUAUAUUCGCGGUCGUGAUUUUUGGAAUGUCCGAUAUCCCUCCUGGGCCAUUUUGUCUUGGUCGCUUGCGCCCCAUUAUUAAUUGGGUUGGACUCAUAUACUGUUGCGUUACUACUGUGUUUUUCCUGUUUCCUGGUUCCCCAUCCCCUACCACUGUCACAAUGAACUGGGCUAUUGUAGUCUUUGGGGCGAUGCUGGUUGUUGCAACUGGCUUUUGGUUCACUAAAGGGAAGGGCAGUUACCUUCGAACAGAUGGUGCCAUGGGAGAGAUAUUUCGCGCUGCUCAAUUGGAAGCCCUUCAUAGGCAGUGA